AUGGGUAAAUUAUUGAGUCUUCUGGCCCGUGACGAAUCAAACUGUUGUUCAUCACCACGUUACGAUAUAUUCUUGGAUUUCGAGAACGCUGCGCCCACAGACACGGAACGUAAUGUUUACGAAGAGGUACAAAGAGUUUUAAUAGAUUCGGAUAAGAUUUUAGAAGAAAUACAGUGUUACAAAGGAGCCGGGAAAGAAAUAAGAGAAGCUAUAGCUGACCCUUCGACUAUAACUCAAGAAAGGGCUUGGCGCGCUGUUAAACCCCUGGUUGAUAAAUUGCUGCGAUUUUAUAGCCACUCAUUGGAACUGCAACGGGUGGUACCACGUUUACUUGGCUCUCUAGUCGGAGGUGCUAUGAGUCCUACACAGCAUUUGGAGCAGCAGCAGGCUUUGGUCAAACAAUUCGCUGAAAUAUUAGAGUUCGUGCUCAAAUUCGACGAACACAAAAUGAAAACACCAGCUAUCCAGAACGACUUCAGUUAUUACAGAAGAAUAGUUUCACGCGGAGGUCUAAUAAACGCUGAACUUCCACCGGGCGAAGAACCCCACAUAGGCGCGGAGGUGGCCAACAGAAUGUCCCUUUUCUACGCUCAAGCUACACCAAUGCUCAAAGUGUUGUCAGAAGCGACCAGCCAGUUCGUGAAUGAUAAUCAACAGGAUUUGGAGAAUACCACAGAAACGCUCAGCACGAUGGCUAAGGUCUGCUUGAGGAUGUUAGAAAAUCCCAAACUAGUCGCCCAAUUCAGUCGCGAAGAGACAUCACUCUUAGUACUGCGAGUGAUGGUCGGUCUUAUAAUACUAUACGACUGGGUCCAUCCAUCUGGCGCUUUCUGCCGUUCUUCAUCAGUGGAUGUGAAGGGUUGUGUUAAAUUCCUCCAACAACAGCCACCUCCGAAGGCCGAGCCUCUCUUGAACGCUCUCAGAUACACCACAAAGCAUCUUAACAGCCAGUCCACGCCGCGGAACAUUCGUAGUCUUUUGGCUGCGUGA